GUACGCACGUUGUUGUGCGCUUGCGCAGAAACGUAAAUUACAUCGCGAGUGACAAUGUAUAAAUGUAUGUAAUAUUCACUUAAAUAUAUUUCUUUAUUGUGUUAAUGUGUGUAAAUUAAAGUAAAAAAUGGAGUCAUUAAACUGGAUCGUAAGAAUUAAUUUAAUUUUGUUAAUCGGCUGCCUAUCAGAAUUACACUCGGAUACUGUGAAAUAUGAAUACGACAUACUUAGCGAAGUAUUGAAUACAAUCACACCAGAGAGUUACAGCAGCGUCAACGGGACAGAUAUUUAUGGUGCCAUAAAACUAAUUACAAAUGAUCCGAUUUCCAUAUCAAUGGAUAAAUUUGAAAUAAAAGACGAUAAACUGAUUACGCCUUUCGAAAUCUAUGCACUCGUGAACUUUAAUAAAGUUAUAGCGUCUUGUUUAUUUAAUAUCAAAGCGAACGAUGAUAAUAAACUAAGUUUAUGUGUUGAGAAAGUUGAUGAAAAAAUUGUUAAAUUAAUCCUUAGUAGCGGUGAGGAUACAAAUAUAUAUAUUUUGUAUGAUAUUGAAGAAAAUUCAUGGUCGAAUAUACUUCUACGAGUGGAAGAAAACAAACUCAGACUAUAUAACAGUUGCGCCAUAUUCGAUGAACAAUUAUACGGUGUAGACGCACCACUAAAGGAAAUAGGAAUACCGAAACACGCUAAGCUAUUUCUAGGCAAGCUCGACAAAAAUGACAAACGCUUAUUCGAGGGUUCGAUACAAAGUCUGAAAAUAUUCCCGAAUCCAGAAUAUUACGGACGUCGUGAUAUUUGUGAUGACGGUUUUAAACUCCCAGAUAGUAAAGACGAUUAUGAGAGCAGCCACAGUGAUGUAUAUGGCAAACCAGAGAAUCUAGAAGAAAUGUUUACGGAUUCAACUACGAUAGAAGACGAAACGGAUGAUGAAAGUGAGAUUGAUAGCCUAGGAUCGUUUGAGAAGCGGGAUAAAGGUGAAAAAGGAGAUAAGGGUGACAAGGGUGAAAAGGGUGACAGAGGUGAAUCUAUUACUGGUCCAACUGGACCACAAGGACCGCCUGGUCCAGAAGGGCCCCAAGGAUUACCCGGAAAAAAAGGUGAUGAAGGGUCGUGUCAAUGCUCUGAGAAGGUUGUAUCAAAUUUGCUUCUCACCAUGCCAUCUAUGAGAGGACCUCCUGGAGAACCAGGUCCUCGAGGUGAGGAUGGCGAACAAGGGAGACCUGGAUUAACAGGUCUGACGGGUAAGCAAGGAGAAAGAGGACCAAAGGGCCUAAAAGGUGAACAGGGUAAUCGAGGUGAAGAUGGAAUACCAGGGAGUGAUGGAGAGCAAGGAUUUAAAGGAGAACCUGGUAAGGAUGGUAAUCCUGGACCCCCAGGACCUACAGGUCCUAUAGGACUACCUGGACCCCCAGGACCUGUGUAUAAGGAAAUAGAAGAGGCAAAAGUGCCAGUUGCGGGUGAACGGGGUGAAACCGGACCAGUUGGGCCACCAGGACCACCUGGACCUAUUGGUACUGAUGGGAGGAAAGGAGAAAAGGGUGACCAAGGUAUAAAGGGUGAAAAAGGAGAGGAAGUGACAAAAAUUAUAACACACAGAGGGCUCGAUGGUGAAAUGGGCCCUCAGGGUGAAAAGGGAGAUACAGGAAAACCAGGAAAAAACGGUAUUCCAGGAGUACCGGGUACACACGGUCAUUCAGGAGAUAAGGGAGAGAAAGGUGAUAAAGGCGACAGAGGUGAUAUUGGACUUCCUGGACUACCUGCAAAACUAUCUUCAAUAUUAGACACUGAUAUUGAUCCACUAGAAAAUGCGGAAAUAAUAGAAAAAUUAAGAGGGUACAAAGGUGAUAGAGGCGUUGCAGGUCACAAGGGUGAUAAGGGUGAAAUAGGGGCGAUGGGACUAGUCGGCUUACCAGGGAAUAAUGGACCUCAAGGCCCACCCGGAGAAAGAGGGCCUCGUGGACAUAAUGGAGAACCUGGGCCUGUUGGUCCAAGAGGUUAUAAAGGUGAACCUGGAGAGCCAGGCCCUCCAGUAAAUGUGUCAACAUCUGCUAUUAGUCUCAUGAAGGGUCCACCAGGUAAACCAGGACCACGUGGUCCAAUAGGGCAUACAGGAAAAAGGGGUCCAACGGGUUCUCCUGGUCCAAAAGGAACGAAAGGUCAACGAGGAGAUCCUGGAAUACAGGGCGAAACCGGACCUAAAGGCGACAUUGGAAAUAAUGGACCAAAAGGAGAAAAAGGUGAAACUGCAUUUAUAGAUCUUGAAAAGAUAAAAGGUGUAAAGGGAGAUAGGGGUGAAGCUGGCAAACCUGGAGAGCCAGGGAAACCCGGAUUACCAGGCACUUGUGAAGACUCAAACUCAAUAAUUGUCCCUGGACCACCAGGUCCUCCUGGACCACCUGGUCCACCUGGCGUAUCUAUCACCGGUCCAAAGGGUGAACCUGGUGGAAUCCUUACCAGGAGUACAUUAUAUGCCUUCAAUAAUAAAAAUAGUGGAGCAGAUAUUUCCAAUGAAGAUGAAGACUUCUAUACAGCGGCAACAAUAAUUUAUAAAUCAAGCACAGCUCUGUUAAAGAGAACUUCGAUUACUCCGCUGGGAACAUUAGCUUAUAUUUUAGAAGAAAAUAUUUUAUUGAUGAGAGUCGAAAAUGGAUGGCAAUACAUUAUAAUGGGCUCAUUUCUCCAAACCAGAGAAAGUCACACAAGUACAACGCAAAGGCCAAAAUAUUACAACCCGCCUUCGACAUCCACAUCGCCGCCGUUGAGAGAUGCUCCAUAUACUGACAAUUAUAUACGACUAGUCGCGCUAAACGAAGCAUAUCCAGGUAAUAUGAUAACAUCGAUGAACAGAACAGGCCGAAGCGCUGCUGAUCAAGAAUGUUACAAUCAAGCGAAGAAUUCGCAACAACCAAGUUCCUUUGUAGCUUUCCUUGCUAAUAAGGUUGAGGACCUCAGGUCCAUAGUUAAAAGGUUGCGAGAUAGAAACGUUCCGGUAGUUAAUUUGUACGGAGACGUGCUCUUUGAUUCGUGGUCCAAUAUGUUUAAUGGAUCCGGUGCACUGCUGGCCAAGUCAAACAUUUACAGUUUCAGCGGUAAAAAUGUACUGAUCGAUCCUACUUGGCCAACCAAAGCGGUGUGGCACGGCGGUAAUUCGUUUGGUAUACGCACACCACGAAUGUCUUGUGAAGAAUGGCAGAGUGACAGCCCGCUUAGUAUUGGAGCGGCUUCGUCGCUUAAAAGUAAUAGACUUUUAGAACAAGAACAAUACUCAUGUGAUAAUAAGCUAAUUGUGCUAUGUGUGGAGGCUACUACUAACGCACACAGGCAUCUCAGGCAUGCCCACCCAAAAUCAAGAAGACGAUUAGAAAACUUCGAAGCAUUUGACAACCGAAUACAACGCUUAUAGUAUCGUAAUUUUAUAAAUGAUAAAAAGUUUAUACUUUUCAUGCAACUGAGUGUAAGCGUUAAUCAUAAAUCAUAGUCAAUGAAGUUUAGUAUUAUAGGCGUAAGUUUUAUGAAGUAUUUAAGGAAUAAUACUUAUCAUUAAAUCACGUAAUAUUAUGUAAUGAAAACGCUUACUUAGUUUACGUUAAUAUACUCAGUUCAUUAAGGUAAUAUUAUAAAACAUCCGCUAUCACUUGUUAAGUAUUUAUUACGUCACGAGUUUUGAAAGACAAGAAGCGUUUAUAUGCAACAAAUCUGGUUAAUAUUUAAGAAAAUGUGUUUUGUGUUUGCAUAUUACUAAAACAUAUUUUGUAACAUAUACUUUAGAAUAUAAAAUAAGAUAAAUUUAAAAAUCGAUUUUGGUCAAUUCGCUUAUAUGAACGAGUCU